CGGAGCUCGGUAACCUGAUCCUGGCGCUGCUCCUUUAAAGGAAUAUGGGAUGAGUCUGCUGAAUGGAGUCGAGAGUGGCUGCCGGGGAAUUCAGAACGGCUCCGAGGACCAGGACGAGGAGAGCAGAGGAGCGGCGAGGGCAAUGAAUGAGCGAGGAGCGGACAAGCAUGAGCCGGCUUGUGUCUGAAGGUCGGCCGCGGUGAGCCGAGGAAGCAGCCCGAGAGCCGGAGCGCUGAAGCAGCGGAGCCCAGCGAGUCCAGAGGUCGGAGUCCUGGUCAUGGCUGACGUGCUGGAGAGCAGCGGCGCGGGAGGUGUCGGAGUCGCCUCUGUGGACUGGCAGAAGCGCUGCAUGGCUCUGGAGAUGCAACUGUUGAGAUUCCGUCUGCAGGCCGGGAAGAUCCGGGAACUGCUGGCGGAGAAGAUGCAGGAGCUGGAGCAGAGAGUGAUCGAAGCCGACCAGCGCGCCGAGAGCGCCGAGAAGCAGAUCCAAGUCAUGGAAGAGAAGCUGAAGAGUGCGAACGUGCAAACCAGUGAGUCGGAGAGCUCCUUGUACAGGAAGUACCAAGACCUGAGCGGCGAGGUGCAGGAGAAGGACGCUGCUAUUAAGAGACUGGAAGUUCAGCUGGAGAAACAGAUCUUAGUCCGAGCCCAGGAGGCGAAGAUCAUCGAGGAGAAGGCUGCCAAGAUUAAAGACUGGGUCACAGUGAAGCUGAGAGAGAUGGAGCAGGAGAACCAGCACCUAAAAAUGUCUAACGUGAAGCAGACGGAGCAGAUCGCGUCGCUGCAGGAGAGACUCCACGCACUGCUGGACAAACCCACCUGCCCGUCUUCUCCCGCCGCCUCCCCCCUGACCGACACCCACCUGGUGCCCAACAGUCCGCUGUUUCCCCCCAGCUGCCCCGGCACACCACCGGCACAGGACGACACCUGGAGGCAGACCAACACUCGCGGAGCGGCGGCUUCUCUCCGGACGCCACCGACAGAUGUGAAGCGACCUCCGGACCACGUCACCAAAGCUUCUGACCUGGCAGCGCAUGAUGGUCACAAUAAUGUGGAGGAACCAGGAGGCCCAGUGUCGGCGCCUGAGUCAGGAUGCAUGGAGAGGGACACCUCCUCUGAUGAGCUCAACUGCAAGUUCCGCUCCCAGUGCCUUUAUUCCUCGUCUUCCUCCUCCUCUUCAUCGUCGGCGUACGAGGCGGCUCAUGGGCCGAGCCAACAGGACCCCCCUCUUUUAUCCCGCUCCCCUUCCACCAACAACCCCUUCCCGCAGUCAGGCACGAGCAUGACCCUCCCCAAGGUCCGCACCCCGUUGACCCCCCGGGACAGCAUCCAGCUGGUCAAGAAGCACUACAGUCAGCCUCAGCCGGGCCUGGACAGGCUGCACCACCUCAACGUCAGCAUCGACAUCAUGACGCCGUCGUCCACCUCCUCCACCCUCAAGAGCAGCUCCCCCUUCUCUCAGGUCGUGGAAGAAACGGACAUUGAUGACGGGCUGUCCGAUGGCAUGGACGGCGUGGUGGAAGGCUCCGCCUCAGAAGAGCCUGCCAACGACGGGGUGUCGUUUGUCGGCCUCGCGGAGGAGCUGGAGCGCUUAGAGCCGGAGAGUCUGAAGCCACCUACGCCGCCUCUGCAUCGCCUGCCUUCCUGGGAGAGUCGGAUCUAUGCCGUAGCAAAAUCUGGAAUGAGAGUAUCCGAAGCGCCUACUGGAGCCAGAUGUCCAGUCCGAGCCUCCGGUGCGGCUCAGUCUCCAGCUGCUGCUCCUGCAGGCCAGCUGAUCUACAAGAAUAUCAACGUGCCGGUCUACACGACACUGAAAGGGAAAGCCACCCAGAUCAGCAGCAUCCCUCUGCCGGACGAUGACUCGGGCUCGGAGGACGACAGCGGCUCGCUGGCCAGUUUACGGACGUCCACCCUGAGUCCAGACAAGAAGGGCAGCGUCCCGGGAAGCCCACGCGCCGUCAAGAGAGGUGUGUCCAUGUCGUCCGUCAGCUCAGAGAGCGACUAUGCCAUCCCUCCUGACGCCUACUCCAUGGACAGCGAUUAUUCUGAACCAGAACACAAAGUCCAGCGGACCUCGUCCUACUCUUGUGAGAGCACCGGGCCUGAGAUGCUGGAGAAGUCUGGGUAUCUUCUGAAGAUGGGGAACCAGGUGAAAGCCUGGAAACGUCGCUGGUUCAUCCUGCGGAAUGGAGAGAUUCUCUACUACAAGUCUCCUAGUGAUGUCAUCCGGAAACCUCAGGGUCAAAUUGAGCUGAACUCAUCGUGCCGGAUUGUGCGUGGAGAGGGAGCGCAGACAUUUCAACUGAUUACGGAGAAGAGGACCUUCUACCUGACCGCUGACUCGCCCAACAUCCUGGAGGAGUGGAUCCGAGUGCUGCAGAACAUCCUGAAGGUCCAGACCAGCAGCAGCGUCACCGUGGAGACGUCGGCCAAGCCUGCUGUGCGAGGCUGGCUCACUAAGGUCAAACAUGGACGCUCCAAGCUGGUGUGGUGCUCUCUGGUGGGAAAGACCCUCUACUACUUCCGCAACCAAGAAGAUAAGUUCCCUCUGGGUCAGCUGCAGAUGCGCGAGGCGUCCGUGCAGGAAGUGGACCGGUCAUGUGACUCGGAUGAGGACUACGAGGUGGGAGGUCGAGGUUUCCUCUCAUCUCACUGCACUUUGGUGGUCCAACCUGCUGACCAGAGUCCAACAUACCUCCUCAUUGGGACCAAGCAGGAGAAGGAUACGUGGUUGUAUCAUCUCUGCGUGGCGGCCGGCAGCGGAGCAAAUCUCAAAGUGGGCACGGAGUCCGAGCAGCUGAUCGGAACCCUCCUGGACUCAGAAGGAGACCAAGAGUCGGCCGUGUGGAGGAGCGAGACCUUGAGCUUCUGCAAAGAGGGUCUGCGCUGGCCCCUCACCACUCUCCCCUCGGAGGCCCUGCAGACCGAAGCUCUCAAGCUCUUCAAGUCGUGCCAGCUGUUCAUCAACGUACUGGUGGAGUCUCCGUCCGUCGACUACCACACCUCUCUGGCCCAGAAUGCUUUGCAAGUCUGCCUCAACCACUCGGAGCUGCAGAACGAGAUGUACUGUCAGUUGAUCAAGCAGACCAAUCAGAGGACGCCGCACAACUACUCGCUCACUCAGUGCUGGCAGCUGCUGUCUCUGUGCGUGGCCGUCUUCCUCCCGCAGCAGCACUUCCUGUGGUACCUGAGGCAGUACCUGCAGCGCAACGCUGACCCCAGGAGCGACGUGGGGAAGUACGCCGUCUACUGUCAGCGCUCGCUGGAGCGGACGCUGCAGAACGGCGAGCGCGAGGCCAGACCUUCACGCAUGGAGAUCGUCUCCAUCCUGCUGAGGAACCCCUACCACCACUCGCUGCCCUUCAGCAUCCCGGUCCACUUCAUGAACCACGCCUACCAGGUGGUGGGUUUCGACGGCUCCACCACAGUGGAGGAGUUCCUCCACACGCUGAACCAGAAGAUCUGCAUGAGGAGGCCUCAGCUCAGCGGCUUUGCUCUGUUCACCGACGACCCGGUGUCGGGCAGAGACCUGGAGCACUGCCUGCAGCCCAGCGCCAAGAUCUGCGACGUGAUUUCCAAGUGGGAGCAGGCGCUGAAAGAGUUGCAUCCUGGGAAGAACGAGGGCACCAGGAUCGUGCGGCUGACCUACAAGAACAGGCUCUGCUUCCGCUCGCAGGUGAAGGGGGAGACGGAGCGAGAGCGCCUCCUGCUGGCCUACCAGGUGAACGACGAGGUUCAGAAGGGCAACUUUCCUGUGAAUAAAGAGCUGGCUCUGGAAGUGGCUGCCCUCAUGGCGCAGGUGGAACACGGGGAUCUGGAGCGACCCGCUGCGUCAGCGACCAGCGGCUCCCCUCAGCCCAAGUCUCAGCUGGUCCUGCUGCAGGCGCUGGAGCGCUUCUACCCCAAACGCUACAGGCAGAGCUGCAGCCCGGAGCAGCUCAGAGAGCUCACAGAGCGUCUGUCCAGCAAGUGGCUGAUGCUGCGCGGGCGCAGCGCGGCCGAGUGCGUGAGAAUCUACCUCACUGUGGCUCGCAAGUGGCCCCUGUUUGGGGCCAAGCUCUUCAGCGUCAAGGCUGCGGAGCCCGGCCCCGGCUGGCUGGCUGUGAACGAGGACGGCGUGUGUGUGCUGGAUCCCUCCAUGCACACCCUGGCCACCUACUCCUACCAGUCCGUGGUGACGUUCGGAGGCUGCUGCGAUGAUUUCAUGGUGGUGACCAGUCAGCAGAGGGAGCCAGGCGCCGCCAAGAAGAGCGUGGAGAAGAUGCUGUUCGCCAUGGCCAAACCCAAGAUGCUGGAGCUGACUUUGCUCAUGGCCAGCUACAUCAACCACUGGAGCCACGGCCUCCCGGGCGUGACCCCGCCGCCGCACGGCCACUGGGACCUGGACAGCAGACACUUCCCGGCCAUGAGCUACACCACUAAAGGCCCCACGCUGCUGUGAGAGAGCUGGGCUGCACCGAGCCCUUCAUUCACUUCACUGCUCUCCACUCUCCACUUCCAAAAAACAUCAUCUUUAUAUUCAGAAAUAAAAACUUGGACUUACUCAGAAUGAAUUCACUUCAGCGAUUUUGCUGAGAGGAAGAAAAAUGUUUCUCCGUAUUUGGAACCGUUUCCUGGUUUAAAGUCAUGUUUAUUUCUUGAUAGUUUUAUCCACAUUUAUGAGCAUUUACUGCCCCGCAGAGCCUUAGUUUGUCCGUCAGCCGAGAUACGGAGGGGAGUGAGCGUCGGCAUAGACUCAACUAACGUAGGUAGGUAGUAAACAAAUACCACUUCAGAAGGUACUUUGACCUGGACUCGGUUCAGGGGUUUAGACUUUUGCUCGGCGGUUUGAGAAGAGUCGAUGACUUGAAUAGUUCUGGAUCAAACCACUGCCUAUUUAUUUCACUGCCAUCGCUGACACUGACGGAGCUGUAGCAGAGUAAUUUAAGUGUUUCUCAUGUUGUGCCAUGUUUCUGUAUGUCCCCGUGUGCUGGUGAAAUAAACGGUGCAUUUUCUA